UCAACCGGUCACCUGGUUUAUUUAUUAAUUACUGAAGUUUAUAGUUGGCUGUUUUAGCCCUGUGAGUGAACGAGUGUGGAGUGCGUGGUACCUAGUGUACCUAGUAGUUUGGGGAGGGAGUCGCGUGGAGCGGCCGUGGUGGAGAGCGAAGGGUCGGCAGUAGCGGGGGGCGUAGGCCUCACCGUGAGCAGUAAGGUGUACCCGAGCCCGGGGGCGGCGCGCGGCGUGUGGGCGCUGCCGCAGCCGCCCCCCUGCAGCAUGGCGGCCGAGGAGCCGCUGCCGCCCUGCUCCCCCAUGUCCCCGGACGCGCCCGCGGCGCCGCCGCGCACCAUCACCAGCUACCACCACUCAGACCUGCACCAGCUGAUCUUUGAGGCCGUUAGGUCUAGUGAAGUAUCAGAAAUCGAGCGGCUAGUGGAAAAGCUUGGCGUGGAGGUGCUCAGCGCUCGCGACCAACAUGGGUACACACCCGCACACUGGGCGGCGCUGGAUGGUAGUGUGGCAGUCAUGCGAUAUCUCUUGGAGAGGGGGGCUCCUGUAGAUCUGUCCUGCUUGGGUACUCAGGGCCCUCGUCCUAUCCACUGGGCCUGCAGAAAGGGCCAUGCUUCAGUGGUGCAAGUGCUGCUACAGUGUGGAGUCGCAGUCAACGCUGCUGACUUUAAAGGACUAACACCCCUAAUGACCGCCUGCAUGUACGGCAAGACCGCAACAGCGGCCUACCUUCUUGGCAUGGGCGCCGCCACCAGGCUCGCAGACAUCAACGGAGACACCGCCCUCCACUGGGCCGCGUACAAAGGACACGCUGAUUUGGUCCGGCUCCUGAUUUAUUCUGGAGUGCCACUGCACUGUACUGACAAUUUUGGCUCGACGCCGCUGCACUUGGCGUGUCUAUCGGGGAAUUUGACUUGUGUCCGAUUGCUAUGUGAGAAGGUUAAGGCUGAACUCGAGCCUCGUGACAAAAACGGCAAGACCCCUCUCAUGCUAGCUCAGAGCCACCGGCACGCCGAAGUAGUCAAACUCCUCACGAAGGAAAUGAAGAGGAAGUCCCACUGGAUGCCUCCAUUAUCGGAGCUCUGGGCACUGCUGUUUGGUGGUGCAGGAGACUCGAAGGGACCAUUGUUGUUCUUCCUUGUGUCGGUGCUACUGUGGGGUUACCCUAUGUAUGUUUUUAGGUGCAUCCCGCUAACAUGGAACACUCUCCGCCUCUCUCACUAUUGCUUCCUCUAUUGGAACGGCAUCAUGUGGCUGAGCUGGGUGAUCGCGAACCGGCGGGACCCGGGCUACAUCCCGCAGAACUCUGACACCUACUACCGAGCUAUCCGCCAGAUCCCGUACCUGGAUAAGUGGAGGAAGAGGAACGUCAUUCUGUCCCGGCUGUGCCACACGUGCCGGUGUCUGAGGCCGCUUAGAGCCAAGCACUGUCGCAUCUGCAAGCGCUGCGUAGCUUACUUCGACCACCACUGCCCGUUCAUCUACAACUGUGUUGGCGUCCGCAACCGCAUGUGGUUCUUCUUGUUCGUGAUGAGCGUGGCGAUUAACUGCACGCUGUCCAUCUACUUCGCGUGCUACUGUUUACUGCUGGAAGGGUUUGGACUGCUGUACCUGUUGGGGUUGCUGGAGGCGCUCACCUUCUGCGCGCUGGGGUGGAUUCUUACGUGCACUUCUAUCCUUCACGCCUGUAUGAACUUAACCACGAACGAGAUGUUCAACUACAAGCGCUACCCCUACUUGCGGGACAAACGCGGCCGCUACCAGAACCCCUUCUCGCGGGGGCCCGUCAUGAAUCUCAUCGAGUUCUUCGUCUGCCUGCCCGAUAAGUGCGACGAACAGGACUUGUUCCACGAGGAGACCAUUUAACAGCUAAUUUGCUGAUACCUAUAUCAGACCACGCAGCGCUACGCGACAUCCAUCCCUUCUAGAGUUCUUCGUUUGCCGGGCCGAUAAAUGCGACGAGCAGAAUUCAUGCCUCGAGGAAACCAAGCAGAAAGCUCAAUGAUGUUUACAAUAGGUACUUUAUAAUACUUUGCCUAAACACGGAGCGUUGCCUGAACCCCUUCUCGCGGGGGCCCUUCACGAAUUUCAUCGAGUUCUUCGUCUGCCUGCCCGAUAAGUGCGAUGAAGAGGAUUCGUUCCACGAGACCAUUUAACAGCUAAUUUACCGCUACCUUUAUCAGACCACGCAGUGCUACUCAACUUCGAUCCCUUCUCGAGUUCUUCGUUUGCCUGGCUGAUAAAUGCGACGAGCAGGAUAUUUGCCACGAAGAAAACAAACAGCAGUUUAACGAUACAGUAAUAAAACACUUUGCCUUUC